CCGACCCGUGCAGAAGACUUUAUUUGCGGCUGUUUUGCCAAUGCUCGAGGCGCUCGACGUAAAAUAUUGUAGCAUCUUGCAAGAAAUUGUGAAAUUGCACUGCGCUUUGUGAUUCACUGCAUGUUGCGCUAUCGUAUGCGGUGCAACUAAACAGCUUACAACAGUUUUUUAAUUUUACUUGAAAUACGCACCGCAACUUCCAGCUUUUCCAUGUCUCGAGCUCACGAGCAAAUGCAAAACGUUAAGAAUUUCCGCAACGCAACGGAAGAACUACUGCAGCGGAAUCCUGAUUAUUUAGCGGCGCUCGAUAAGGAUGAGGAACUGCUGGCCAACCACAUAAUCAAACUUUCCAAACCGAAAGGCUUGCGCAAGCGGAAUAGCGAUCAGACUCGGGAUGAUUACAUACCAAUUAUUUAUUGUCGUGUCCCACUUGCUGCACUGGGCAUAACGGAAGUUCUGUUCUCUUUUGCCAUGUCGGCUAUACAAAUGACAUUUUCCAUACAUCUCUGGCAGCAUCUCGACUGGUACGAUUUCGGCGACUGUCAACCACCAAACUGCAGCAAGAAUACUUAUCUGGAAUUUGGGACUGCGGCAUGCGUGUGCUCUUUGAUAGCCGGAUCAGUAGGGUUUUUCUCAGCCAAAGAAAACAUGAAACCUCGCUCCCGGUUCUGGUUGUAUAUCUUCGCUAUCGCAGUAGUGACCGGAAGUGCUGCACAAACAAUUGGUAUUGCAGUGAUCAACGCCAAUACCCUGUCGCUGGUCACUGCUACGGCCAGAAAUCUUUCAGAUCCUACCAUUAUUGCAGGAGGCGGUAAGAACGCAUCGAUGGAAAUUGACCAUGUCAAAACCAAUCUGGAUUAUCUGUAUAAGCUGAAGAUUGCCAUGCUUGUCCUGUAUUUUAUACUGAGCAUCAUGUUGCUGGCCUCGGAUUCCUUAUUUAUCAUGAAUAUUAUAAGAAACAGGAGGCGAUACCGAAAUCGCCGAAAUUCGUUAUUUGAGCACCUGGAACCAUUAAGACCACUUGGUCCCGAAUUUACCUUAAUGGACGACAUGAAGGCGCAAAAUCGGAGAGGAAGCUCACUGGUUUCCGCAUAUUCGGAGCGGUCACCCGUUUCGAUACACAGUGAAAAUUCAAACGGCGCGCUUGACCAUGAAAGACGUAGAUCUUCAGCAAAAUAAGAAUUUAUAUUUAUCUAUGCUGGCUUAUUUUAUAUUUUUAUUUUUAGCAGCAGCAGGCCACUAUCUAGUCAGCGCAGAUAUUGUUUCAUCAAACUACAACGUCUUCUCCGCAUUGUGAUAUUUUGACUUCGAUAUGAGAGUUGUUUUAUUUACGGUUAUUUGCCGCAGGAUAUUUGGUUCUCGGGUUACUGCUAGAGCCUUUUAUUACUUGCCCUACAACUAGACACAGUAAUAUCCCAGCAAUCGUAAUUCACGUGAACAUGGAUGUAUUUUCUGGUUGUUUUGGUACACGUCAGUGUGGUAAUUUUGUCGAGUAAUUAUUAUUGAAUUUCCAGAUUAAAACUUCACAAAAAGC